UUAGGGUUCAACGACAAAAUUUUGCGCCAUUUUUAACCUCUUCCCCUCAACACACAAAUCUCUCCACUCUUAUGGUUCAAUGGCGAAGGAAGACGAAAACCCAGCGACCCCAAUUGCCUCAAAACCCAGUCCCAACCUUAAGAAAGACCAAUCUCCGGCAACUGUGAACUCCCAAUCCAGUUCUUCCCAUCCCAUGAAUAACACUUGCGCCAACAAAAAUGCCAAUGAUGAUUCCACCCCGCCCAAAAAUCCCCUGACCCCAAAAGAGUUUAUAGUUUCUGUGGCUGCUAAAAUUGCCUCUCAGCCUCUUCACUACUCUGAUCCUGAUGUCUGGGGCGUCCUUACUGCCAUUUCUGAAACCGCCCGGAAACGCCAGCAGGGUAUUAAUAUGCUUUUAACCUCUGAUGAACACUGCAUUGGGCGAGUAGUCAAGGAUGUCACUUUCCAGAUUGUAUCACCGGCAGUUAGUGCAAAUCACUGCAAGAUAUAUAGGAAAAUAGUUGCUGCUGGAGAUGGGAAUAAUUCCUCAAGUUUUUUCACUUCUGUCUUCUUGAAGGAUUCUAGUACAAAUGGGACUUAUCUUAACUGGGAAAAGUUGAAUAAAGGUAGCUCUGAAGCUACACUACGUCACGGUGACAUCAUCUCAUUUGCAUUUCCUCCGGAUCAUGUGUCUGCAAUUGCUUUUGUAUUUCGAGAAAUUCUAAAAUUGUCUAACCAAGGGGACGGUGCAUCUCUGAAGAGAAAAGCAGAGGAGCCUGGAUCUGAGAGCAAGAGGCUUAAAGGAAUUGGAAUUGGUGCUUUGGAAGGCCCAAUUUCCCUUGAUGAUUUUCGGAGCCUGCAACGGUCGAACACGGAACUGAGGAAGAUGCUAGAAGAUCAGGUUGUGACAAUUGAGUCGUUGCGCACUGAAAAUCGUGCAAGCAUUGAGCGCCGUGAAAUCGAAAUGAAAGAUCUGAAAGAGUCAAUUUCAGAAAGUUACCUUGGUCAACUUAAAGAAUUGCAACAAUUGUUGGAGGCCAAAGAGAAUGAACUAAUAGAAUCAAACAGAAUAUCUUCUGAGCAGAAGCAUGCUGUAGAGGACCUUAAUGAAAGACUUGGUGCAUCGAUGCAGUCAUGUGCUGAAGCUAAUGAAGUAAUAAGUAGCCAGAAGGCAUCUAUUUCAGAGUUAAAGGUCUUAUUAGAUGAAGAACGUGAACAAAGAAGAGAAGAACGAGAAAAGGCUGUAGAAGAUCUGAAGAUCUCAAUACAAAGAAUCCAGGCUGAGGCACAGGAGGAAAUGAAACGAUUGUCAGAUGCUGCAGCAAAACGGGAAAAGGAACAGCAGGAAGUGAUUAAUAAGCUCCAGGAAUCAGAGAAAGAAAGGUGCUCUUUGAUGGAGACUUUAAGAUCCAAAUUGGAAGACACAAGGGAGAAACUGGUUAUGUCUGAGAAUAAAGUUCGCCAAUUAGAAGCUCAAGUUCGUGAGGAGCAACUAGCGGCUGCUACUAGAAGAAAGAGAGUGGAGGAACUUGAGCUGGAUACCAAGAGAUUAAGAAAAGAACUAGAGAGUGAAAAGCAGGCAGCUCGAGAGGAGGCAUGGGCAAAGGUUUCUGCUCUUGAACUAGAGAUCAAUGCUGCAAUGCGAGAUCUAGAUUUCGAAAGGCGUAGAUUAAAAGGUGCUAGAGAGCGAAUUAUGCUUCGAGAAACCCAACUCCGGGCUUUUUAUUCUACAACGGAAGAGAUUCAAAUCCUGUUUGUAAAGCAGCAGGAACAGCUAAAGGCAAUGCAGCGGACAUUAGAAGAUGAAGAAAAUUAUGAGAAUACAUCCAUCGAUGUGGACCUGAACCUACCUAAUGGCCACAUUCAAAGAUUUCUAAGUAGAGACAAGGAAGUAUAUCAGAGUGCUGCUAAGGGGGAAUCGAGUACUUCUACCCAAAGGUAUGGUAGAGAUCACAAUGAGACGUCAAGCGAUGAAGUCAGUGUAACCGAGAAGCAUGACUGCAAUAUGAAAAUACAUGGUAAUGACGAUGACACACAGGAGGUGGAAUUCAGUGGUGCUCAACAUUCUGUCAAGGGUGGCUUUGGUUCUGAGAUUGAUGGUGUUGGGGCAGCACGUAUUCUAGAGGGGGAUCCUGUUGGGACUGAGAAAAAUCUCGAAACUGAUGGCAUAGGAACAUUGGCUGUUUCGGUGGGAGACCUUGUUGCAACUGAAAGAAUCCUUGAGACUGAAAGUCCUGGACAAAAUCGUGGUGGUAGCUUUGAUUUAAACAAGUGUGGGGCACUGGGAGAGGACACAAUGCAAUUAGAAGAUGAAACAAAUGGAGAAGCUAUGUGGCAGGCUGAAAUGGUUCCUUCGGGAAGCUUGCAUCAUUCUCAGUGCAAUAAGCCUCUUGAGGUUGAGAACACUAUCUUGGACACGCAAACUGGAGAUAGCAUUAAAACUGCAGAUCUAUUGGCUUCGGAGGUUCCUGGGAGCUGGGCUUACAGUACAGCUCCUUCAGUCCAUGGGGAGAAUGAUACUCCAAAGAGCAAAGAUAAUGAUGAUGGUGCUGCUGCUACCUUGCAUGACUCAGUGUGUGUGAUAGCUGAGAGUCAAAAUGUCCCAUCUUCCAAGAGUCUUGGUGCUAGAUGGAACAAAGAACAUGAGGCUCUCAGUAAAAUGAUUGGGAUUGUGGCACCGGAUUUGAAGGAGCAGUUUAGAUGUGCUGCAGGAAGCAAUUAUAUCAAAGAGGGAGCCGAAAGAGGAGAUGUUUCCGACUCCAAUACAGACGGUUGCUAUGAUGAUGAUAACCACGAAGUAAACUCUGAAGGUGAAUCAGAUGCAGAGACGAUUGGCGGUGGUGGAGAAAAGGAGGAUCUAGAAUCUGAUCAUGGAAUGGAAGAAGAUGAUGAAGCUACGCAGGAUGAUUCUUAUGGAUAACUGAAGCAUGAUCAUUGCAGAGAACAGCUUUUCCUAGCCAGGAUGGGCAAAGAGAACAUAUACCUCUCCUUGUUCACCAUGACUACAACUCAUCAGUUUGUAUAGAAGAAAAAGUGUAUGAUAGCUCUGAAUUCUCGUUGCAAAGGUUUCCUCUAGGAUGUCAGAUUUAUUAGGAUUGUAAAUAGUAGUGAUCUAACUUAAUUUGGAAAUGAUAUGGUUUACUUGCCAAGUUAAGAAAGCUCCCUACGUUUCUGA